ACUCACUGUCCUCUCUCUCUCUCUCUCUCUCUCUCUCUCGCCCGCGCGAUCGAAAUUUCCGGCGAACCGACAAAGCGCUCUAUCUCUGUCUCAUGGAAGCUCUCGUGUGCCGAGAGAUCGGCGAUCCGACACUUCCGUUAUCCGAUUCCUCUCCAAUUGUAUUGUCUCGUUCUCACCCUGUUCCGGAGCUCAAUUCUCCCACUGCCGUUAGGGUUCGGAUCUAUGCGACGAGUCUUAAUUUCGCCAACUACCUACAGAUACUGGGGAAAUACCAAGAGAAGCCCCCUCUGCCGUUCAUCCCCGGUUCUGACUACUCGGGCAUCGUGGAGUCCGUAGGAGAGCGCGUCUCCAGGUUUAGGGUUGGGGACAAGGUUUGCUCGAUGGCGAGUCUUGGAUCCUUCGCUGAGUUGAUUGUGGCCGAUGAGAAAGAUUUAUAUUUAGUGCCUCAUGGAUGUGAUCUAGUUGAUGCUGGCGCACUACCUGUUGCAUUUGGCACUUCGCAUGUUGCUCUUGUCCAUAGGGCACAAUUAAAGGCUGGGCAGGUAUUACUUAUUCUUGGUGCUGCUGGUGGUGUUGGACUUUCAGCUGUACAGAUUGGGAAGGCUUGUGGUGCUGUGGUCAUCGCUGUUGUUAGGGGGGAUGAAAAAGUAAAGUUGCUGCAGUCCAUGGGGGUUGAUUAUGUUGUUGAUUUCACCAAAGAAAAUGUAAUAGAAACCGUGCGGCGGUAUUUAAAGACUAGAGGGCUAAAAGGAGUUGAUGUUCUUUAUGAUCCAGUCGGAGGCAAACUUACGAAGGAAAGCAUGAAGCUUCUAAAUUGGGGAGCAAAAAUCCUGGUUAUAGGAUUUGCUAGUGGUGAAGUACCAGUUAUCCCUGCAAACAUUGCUCUUGUUAAGAACUGGACCGUUCAUGGACUUUAUUGGGGUAGCUAUAGAAUUCAUCAGCCCAAAAUUCUUGAGGACUCUCUGAAGGAGCUGCUUUCCUGGCUUUCAAAAGGCUUGAUUAAGAUCAAAAUUUCUCACUCCUACAGCCUAUCAGAGGCAAAUCUUGCUUUCGCUGCUAUUAAAGACAGGAAGGCUAUCGGAAAAGUGAUGAUUGUGCUACAAAACAAUUCUAAGCCCAAAUCCAAGCUCUGAUAUGAACCUGAUGAAGUAACUGGUGCACUUUUCUGCUCCUUUGCUGGUUAUUUACCUCCCUUAUCUCUUUAUGUUUCAUUUAGUUCAUUUUGGACAGCUUUUUACUGCUUCUUAAAAUAGCUUUUCAGUACAAAAGUUUAAUCUUUAUUCUAAAAAGCUGUUUUAAGAAGUAAUAAAAAAAUUGUCGCAAACGAAGUUUUAGUUUGCUAAUUAAUAAGAGGUGAGUAAGUAAUCGUUGUAAUCUAAAAGGCUAUUUAAGGGUCCUGUCUGGUAAAAUUCGCAUUUAGAAUGUUUCCCUCUGUUCAAUCUAAAUCUAAUUAGGGAGAAAACUGUUCAGAUAUUUGGAUUAAAUUUUUAAUUUGCUGGAUUUGAAAUAA